AUGGCCGCCGUCACGGAGCUGGAGGGGCUGGAGCCGCCGUGCUCCUGCUGCCUGCAGCUCUUCGCGGAGCCCGUAAGGCUCCCGGGCUGCGGCCACAGCUUCUGCCGGGGCUGCAUCCUCCGGUACUGCGGGCCUCAGCACGAGCUGGCCGCGCUGCUCAGCCUCAUCCCGCGGGAGCUGGAGGAAGAGUCGGAAACACAGGAGGAGCAUGGAGCUGCUACCUGCAACGGCCUGAGCUCGGCGGGGCGGGGACGUGGGGAGAAGGAGGAAGAGAUAUGGGAGAGCUCCAAGCAACAAGAAAUAGCUGCAGAGACCAUUCACCUGUUGAAGAAAGAUCUCAAUAAAACAAGGGGUCAGUCAAAGAGCACAUUGGAUGGGGUGGAAUAUACAUCUCAGAUCAAAAGCCAGAUUAUUAAAGAUUUCUGUUGCAUGAAGGAAUAUGUUGAAAGACAGGAGAGAAACACACUGAUGUUCAUUGAACAACAGCAAAAAGCUGCUCAACAGAAAAUUGAAGAGACUAUUCACCAGCUCACACACAUCAAAGCCCAAACUAGAGACUUAUGUGAGAGGCAGAGGCACGAAGGCUCACCUUUGACAAUAAAUAAAAUUACACUUGAUGAAAAGCUUAAUGUUGUCAAAAGUGCUGUAGAAGAUUAUCUUAAGAGAAAGUUGGAAAUUUUACUCUUGGAGAAUUAUGCUUAGCAUCUCCUACCAGUGCAUCCUCCAGACUUAGACCAGGAGCCAAGUGUCAGCUCAUCACCUCCAGAGCCUGCAGCUGAAAGUCCUGAACCAACCAUUUCCAGCCAGUUUUCUCAGUGGGCAGAUGAUGGGACUUUUGACUCCACAAGAGUACACGAGCGCUUGGCACUCCCAGCCCAGAACAGGAGAGUGAUGGUUUCCAGCCACCUGACCAGUUACAAACCAUCACCCAAAAGAUUCUGCAUCAGCCAGGUCAUGUGUUCACAGGGUUUCUCUACUGGGUGCCACUACUGGGAAGUAAUUACCAAGGACAGUGAUGGAUGGGCUGUUGGAGUUGCUCAUGAAAUGAUUGGUAAAAUGGACAAAUUGGGAAGGACUAAGCAUUCUUGGUGUGUAGAAUGGCUGGGUCCUAAAAAACAGCUGUCAGCAUGGCAUAAGAAUCAAGAAACAUUAUUGCACAAGGACAAACCACUGAAGGUUGGAGUUUUCUUGGAGCUGCAGAAGAAGACUGUGUCAUUUUACUCCAUUGCUGACAAAGAAAUGCUUUUGCACACCUUUGAAAUCAGUACCUCAGAUCCUCUCUACUCUGCUUUCUGGCUGUACACUCUAGAAAAAAAUGGAUCUUUAACUAUAAGUCAGCCAAACAGGAGAUAAAGCCUACUGGGAACAGGGACAAUUUUGCCAUGACUGCAGUUUCUAUAGAAGCCUCAGUGUUUAGCACAGGAGUGUACCAAGGAAUGAAUGCAUAACUACCCAGGCUUUCCUGGGAAUCAGCCACUGAUACUUCUGUCUGCUCUGCUUCUCUUCAUGCUGUGCUCUGGCCUAGCCAAACUUCAAAAGCAAUUUCAGCCUAUGCUAAAGGCAGUAACCACCCCUGUAGGAGUCAGGUGGGUUUCUCAAGCAGCUUUAAGUAGUCCCAGGAUAUUCCUAGUAAAGAAUGGACUAUGGAAGCUCUAAUGUUGGGGAUAAGCCUUUCUCAUUGACCUCAUUUUCCUAUAUUGAUAUAAAAAAAUAGAGAAGAACAGAUUAUGCCGUUACUUUCUGUGGAAGUGAGUUUUCUUUAAACAGAUCUGACUGAUUAAGGAAUGCUCAGAGGGUAAGAAUGUUACUGAUCUUGGGUAUGAAAAUCUUUCCCUUUAGGGUAGGCAGUAACUAUGAAAUAGGCUUUGGAUUUGAGGACCUGACAUUUUAGAGAGGUGUCCAGAAGAACAUCAUCUCCCCAAAACCAUAUUUUAGUCUUGCCCUGGCCAAAGGGUCGUCAGUCCUGGUGGUAGUGUGACCAUGGGCAUGCUUAUGGAAGCAGAUGUUGGGGUGUGUUUUUACCAGCUAAUAAAUCUUGUGGUCACUUUAGUGCCCUUUUAAAGGGCCUGCAAACAGAACUCUGUCAUGGGAAGGACCAUCUGGUCUUGCCAGCGAGCCUGAGACAAAGCAGGAGGUUCUCAGUUGCCUGUGGGGGGAGAAGGAACCAGAGCUGAGGUCCCACAAAACCUACGGACAACUUGAUUUCUGAGAGAUCCACUGCUUCAUGCAGGCACACUGAAAACAGCAUUCCCAAGAAGCAAAAGCUUUUUCAGGAAGACUCUGGCAUUCCAGAAUUGACAAAAUAAAUAGUUUAUUGUGAAUAAAGCUUGUGGGAUUCAACU